UCUCUAAAACUAAACUACCUUACCUCAUUUAACCAUCUGCAUCCCCCUGUCUACACUUGACUUUCUGAAGUAAAUCUUUCUCGGAUCUUGCUCUUUAAACUGAGUUUCACAAUAUUAGAUAGUAGCUUUAGUAGCUGUUAUUGUUAUGGUAAUUUUGAGCUUUGAUUACCCUUUUGAAAAUGAUUUGUAUUUUAUUUUCAAGUCUCCUCACACAUAAAUAUUUAACUUAACCUGAAAGCAUAUCAUAGACAGUGAUUAAAACGUUUAAAACUUAAACCUUUCUACUUUGAAAACAAUUUAUACAAUGGAGCUGUUGAGAGCCUCAGAUUGUAUGUCUCACUGCACUGUUGCCUCAGAUACAGUUAUGAACAUGGUGUUUUAAUAGUUUAUUUAAAAAAAAAUAUGUGAACUGAUUUUGAGAGAGUCCAGUGUAUUCAGAACUCAAAAAAAUAUGUUCAGAAGACAACACAUAAUGCUGCUUAGUCAACAGAAGGUCCAUGCCUUUAAAUAUGUAAGAGGUGACAGCAGCAAGGAGGAGAUUAGCUUAAGUCCUGCAGGUGGCUGCUGGACAUACAGGUUAAGCUUCCCUGUGCUUUUCUUUUCAGUACUGAUUUCUUCCUGCUUGUGCAUUGCCCUUUCUGGUGUGCUGGCAUGCUUUUUUGUAUGUCUACAUGAGGAACUCAUCUGGAUGAAAAAUAACUAAGGAAAAGCUGUAUUAAACCCAGGCAAAUCUAGGGAGCAAAAAAUAAAACUUGGUCUUGCUGCUGAAAGAGGAUUUGAAACCAUACAAGAAACCAGGAAGCUUUUACAGUUAUUCGGUGAUGCAGAUACAUGGGUUAUGGACAGAGAGGUUCAAGAGAGGUUUAAGAAGGCUAGGACUUCACUAGAACUGUGUCUAGAAUGGACAGUUACUUUAAAGCUGCCGUUUCUGACUUGGACAAACUACUCAAUGAAUUUGAACAGAAUACAGAUGAAUAUGCCUGCUACAGGGCACCCCAAAAUUCAUAUGACUCAAAACACCAUUCACUGUCUUCAGUUCUGGAUUGCUUACAGUGUGUAUACCCAACACCAAAACUACAAGAGAAUGCCAACAGUUGUACUUCAUCAGAAGAGGUCUCUCUAGGUAGCCACCUUGGAGCACCUAAAGUGCUUCCAAGUUACUCACCACAAAACGAGCAACAGAAUGUUUCUGGACCUGAUCUUUUGUCCACUGUGGAUAGCAGUUCCUUAAAUGAAAUUCAGGCUUCAAACCUGGGAAUCUGCAGUUCACCUGUGUGUGAUCUGGUUAAUGACACAGGUACCUUUAUCCACUCAGUGGCUGCUCAGGAAGAUACUCAAAAGUUGCAGCCAGAUGACUUCCAGUGCAGUGAAAGCUUGACUGGCUUUGGUGUAUCUUGCAUACUUGUUACUACCUGUGUGUCAUCAGCUGGUGUUAGCAGUGUUUCAGCUACAGAGCAGAGUGAUGGGAGCUCAACCCUACAGGAAUUGGGAAGUUUUAAAACUGAGGAGGUUAAUAAUUUUGCUUUAAAAUCAGACAGUUAUGUUGCAGCAAAGAUCUCGAUUCCAUGUGAUGAGCAACGCAGGACAGAAUCUGUAAAGUGCAAUGAAGUACCCGAGCAGCUUGAACAAACUGCUUACCUUGAUCUGGCACAUGUAACAUUACAGGGUUCAAAUGUGUACAGUCCUGAAGAUGAGAAAGCAUAUGAAAAAUUGAUUUGUGAACCACAAGAUGAAAGUGCAGGUUCUGCAUCAAGCAAAGAGAUGUAUGGAAGAGAUGCUACAGAAAAGGUAGACACAAAGGAUGAGACCAGUAUUGAAUCCAUGCCUUCAGAUCUGCCAGGGAGGCCUCAGUUGCACAAAAGACAUGCAGAAUUACCUGUAAAUGCUGUUUUACCAGGCUCCUCAUUUGAAACAGGAUCUAAAGUAGAACUGGAAAAGAAAAUCAUAGAAGAGAAUGUAGGUACUAAAGAACUUAAUAGCAAUGAGAUACUAAAGAGUGUUUCAACCCCAUGUAUUUCAGUUGAGGACAUCCAGACUCCGCUGUUGUGUUUUCCACUUCCUGUAUCUAUAUGGGGUUCUUUAGUUGUAACAGACGAAAAAAUUGCUCCCUUGCCUCAAAAUGUGGCUGAGGUUAUUAGUGAUACUUCAGCUAUUCAUGCUGGAAUGUCUAAAACUGAUCUCUGUGGUAGGGAAUCCUGUGGAAACACUGACUUGAGUGAACCAGAAGUAUAUGUAGAUAAAAUCCAUGAAAGUAUUGUGAAAAAAAGUACAGAUGAAGAGAGGUGUAAUAAUGAAAAUGUAAUUGAUGACAGUGAUUCUCAGCAAAUUGAAGCUUUUGCUUCUCCCUUCCUAGACUAUGAAGCUGAGCUAUAUGGUGUUGGUGUAGACUCUUAUUACAGUGAAAGUCUGAGCCCAGUUAUGUCUGACUUCACUGUGGAGGAGAAAGUUAUUAAAAGCAAUACUCUAAUAAGCGAUGCUGAGCUUGAUGAUUUCUUGUAUGGACAAAGUCUUCAAUCCAGUGUGUUGAAGGCUUCAGAUGAUGAUAGUAACUUAAUGGAAGCUGAUGCAGAUGAAGGGAAUUUAAUAAAUGUGAGCAACCUGGAUUUCACAGAGCUCACUGAAGAACACAUGCAAGCAAAACUGGAAGAGAUAACAAGCAUUAGUGAUAAUCUUGAAAUAUCUCUUACUGCCAGUGAAUUGGAAUCUGCAACAGAAGAGAAUAUGUCUGGAAGUCGGGACAUGAUUGAGAGCAGUAGUGAAGCACUAGUUCCUAGUGUUCAUGCUGAAGGUGCAAGACCAAAGCAGUUGCUUUGCCUUUCCCACAGAGCCAUUGGUCAAAGACAACAGAAAAUAACAGAUGUACUUGAGAGGGAGAAUCAGGAAGCCAGUUCUGUUAUCCCAGAAGCUCCCCUCUCAGGCAACAGCCAGCAAGUUGGCAAAAAUCCUUACCCUGAGCACUCCGGGGAUAGCUGUUCUGAAGCUGGAGGAAAUCAAACAUCUGAAAAUGUGAAAUCACUUAAAAUACCUGCAGUUCUGUCCUGGAAACAACCACUGUGGGUUCCUGAUUCAGAGGCACCCAACUGCAUGAACUGCAAAGUCAAGUUCACCUUUACAAAAAGACGGCACCACUGUCGUGCAUGUGGAAAGGUUUUUUGUGGUGCCUGUUGCAAACGAAAAUGCAAGUUACAGUACAUGGAGAAGGAAGCAAGAGUGUGUACUGGCUGCUAUAAUAACAAUAAAGGUAAAAAGCCAGAGACCUGCACGGCCGCGUGUCUGCAGGAAGGCUCAGUCUGGGUACUCAAGUCAUUCCUCACUACAGCUUUUGAUCAUGUUUUGACCAUGAUGUGGUUGAUCGCUCUGGCUACGUCUGUCCGCACAAGCAAGCAGGCAGGCCUUCCUCCUGCUGCACUCCAGGCGAGUCCUCUUGAUCAGACAGUUAUCCCGCUCUCCUGCCCGCUCUUGUACUGCUGCGCAAACUGCCUCGAGCGGCUUUGCUCGCUGCACUCCCAGUCGCUCGCUCUCCCAGGGCAGGUUUUUAACCACUCACAGCUGCCGCCGAGCCUCCUGGCUGCGCCCCGGUUUUUAUCCUUUCAGCUUUCAGAACAGUACAAUAGUAUGAAGCCAGUGUUGUUUUCUCAACCUGUCCUAGGGCUGUGCCCCAAAGAACAGAGGAGAGUUUGGUUUGCAGAUGGGAUUUUACCAAAUGGUGAAGUGGCAGAAACAACAGAACUUUCAUCUGGAGCAAGGGGGUCAUCAGAGGACUUAAGUCCAGUAAACCCUGACUUGCCAGGGAUGCAUAUGGCUGCAAACCCAGAGGAAGAUGACGUAUUGCCUGAUGUAUAUCCAACAGAAGAAAGUAACGAUACUGCAAAAAUGGAGGAAUUACGUCCUUUUGUUUCUUCAGAUGAUGCACAGCAGGCUGUUACAGGCCACAGUGAGGUGGUUCAUAGUUAUACAUCUGUAAUUCUAGAAACUGAAGAGUGUUCUCCUGCUGCAGAAGCUGAGAAGACUAGUUCCAGUUAGGUUGAACAGCCUACUUGUGAUGUGCCUGUUAGUCCUUCAAGUUACAGGGCACUGUGUGCUGUUGAGAACUGUGUUCGCAACGAUAUCAGCCUUGUUCCUGAUGGUGAUAAACUGCCACCGCUUCUGCUUGCAGUGGGUGAAAAAGGAAAAGAUCCUCUAGUGGAAGAACAUCCAUCUCGCAAAAAGAUCACCUUGCUUCUUGUGGAAGAAAGUCCUAAUCUGUUAACUUUUAUCCUAAAUGCAAACUUGCUUGUGAAUAUCAAGCUAAUAACCUAUUCUUCAGAAAAGUGCUGGUACUUCUCAACAAAUGGACUGCAUGGUUUGGGUCAGGCAGAAAUUGUCAUUAUGUUGCAGUGUUUGCCAGAUGAAGAGAUUUUUCCUUGUGAAAUACUCAAAUUAUUUAUUGACAUCUACAAGGAUGCAAUGAAAAGAAAGUUAAUAAGAAAUAUGGAAAACAUUACUUUUACUGAAAACUUUCUCAGUAGCAAAGAGCAUGGAGGAUUCCUGUUUUUUUCGCCAACUUUUCAGAAGCUUAAUGAUCACAUUCUACCAGAUCACCCUUUUCUUUUCGGUGUUCUCAUCCAUAAGCUGGAAAUACCCUGGGCAAAAGUUUUUCCUAUCCAUUAAAUGUUGAGACUGGGAGCAGAAUAUGGGGCAUAUUCUACUCCUGUAGUAAGUUUCAGGCACCGGAAGCCACUCUUUGGUGAGAUUGGACACACAAUUACGAAUCUACUCGUUGACCUUAAAAAUUACCAGUAUACUUUGCAUACCAGAGACAACCUGUUUGUUCAUGUGGAAAUGGGUAGAAGCUGUGUUAAAAUACUGCUAAGGAAGUACAGUGAGGUAAUGAAGGUGAUACAUUCUUCUAAUGAACAUGUAAUUAGUAUUGGAGCAAGUUUUAAUACUGAAGCGGAUUCUCACUUGGUGUGUGUGCAAAAUAAGCAUGGCCUCUAUCACAUACAAGCAAUCAGUGCUACUGGACAUCCCAGGAAAGUUACAGGUGCAAGUUUUGUGGUGUUUAAUGGAACCCUAAAAACACCUUCAGGAUUUUUAGCUAACUCCAGUAUAGUUGAAGAUGGACUAAUGGUACAAAUAACGCCAGAAACAAUGGAAAGCCUAUGUCAGGCGUAAAGAGACAAGAAGGACUUUAAAAUAACUUAUGGCAAAAUGGAUACGGGAGACAUGAAAGAAUAUGUAGAUAUUUCCUGGGUAGAAAAUGAAGAAAAAACAAACAAAGGAAUUUUAAGCCCAGUUGAUGGAAGAUCAAUGGAAGGAACUCAGAGUGAGAAAGUACCACAAGGCAGAGACUUUCAAAGAGAGGGAAAAGUCAUGAAGUGUGCUGAAGCUAGUACACUAUUUUCUAAAAGUAAUAUCUCCAGUCCUGUUCCUCACCAGUUUACUAAGGAGAUUGCUUCUGCCUGCAGUACUGCUGUUUGCCCACGCCUUAAAACUUUAAAAAACAAUGUAAACAAAAGCAAAAUACGCCUAAGAGUUUCUGUUGACUUGGAUAUGGUUGAGUACUUAGCUGGAUCCGGAGGUCACCUUCUUCCACAGAAGUAUCUGAAUGAAUUGGACAGUGCUCUGAUCCCUGUGAUUCAUGGUGGAAUGUCAGAUCCUACAAGUCUACCAUUGAAAAUGGAGUUAAUAUUUCAUUAUAGAGUAUCUGGUUUGAUUAGGUUGAUUACAAGCAAUACUCUUGAUUUGCUAGAUCUGAACACCAAAGUUAACAAUGCUACAAACACUAAAAAUGUUAAAGUUCUAAACCUGUUAUGUCUUAAUAGAUUUUCAAAUUGUUUUUUAAACCCUCAAAUCCUCUCUGGUUACUUUACCACAAAAGACAACUUGUUUGUAAUGCUUCCUGAAGUUCUGAAAGUUUACACUUAAUACAUGUUCAAAAGAGGGCAGGUUUUAUUACCUCUUUACACAGCUGUAGCAUUUACUGUGUGUAGUGUAACUUUAAGCCACAGUCUUGCCCCUUAAGCUCAGAUAAAUGCAUUACAGAAAAUUGCUGUGGCUACACCUUAUCUCUGCAGCAUCUGCUUUUCCAUGUGCAAGUGAGCUAAAACACUGAUGUAAAAGCUGGCACAAAACUCUUUUCUUGCCAUUUGAGAUUGAAAUGUGAGAUGCUCUGCAGCUGACUGCAGAUGUCAUAUGUGGGCACCUUCUGACAGUGGUUUGUGGCCUGCAUGAGGAGGAAUUUCACAGGUAUGUUUAUGAAGACUUCGUAGUUGGAAGUCCUUCACAUCAGGAUGUUAUGCUGGUGCUUCAGGAACAUACGCGCUGAAUUCGUUAAUUAUUUUUUUUAUAGAUCAACUGAUUUCUUUCUUGCAUUUAUAAGGAUUUGCCUAACUUGAAUGGAUGCUGUUUUUGUAAAUACUAUUUUUUUCUUUACUCUGUGUUCAGAACUCCUGAUACAAUUUGACCUCUCAAGGAUUACUAAAAAAAAAAAGAUUACCCUUGAGUAAUCCAUGUGUAGCAAUAAAUCACACAAGAAUUCUGCA